CUCAUCGGCCCCCUCUCAUCGAUUCCUAGCACCAACACCAACACCUAACUUUUUUUUGCAAACAAGCAGGAUUAUUACGAGCAGCAAGAUUUAGAUCCAUAAGACAACAUGCAGCCUACUCGUGCAUUUGUUGAGGAAAUUCUGUCCAGACAGGACUGGAUUCACACCUUCGCUUAUCCACCCUACGUUGAUUCGCUUUUGCACACCAACAGUGUGCCAUCACCCCUGCAAACUGUUCAGCUGAAGGCAUCCCUAGACGACCUCGAGGCACCUCUCGCUGAAGUACAGAGUAAUCUUGAUUUGCUCCGCGACGCUGUUGCUUCGUUGGAGAAUCAGAUGUCGCGUCUGCAGCCAUAUAGACGUGAUUAUACAAGAAUCUUAUCUUCAAUUCGUUAUAUUCCUCCAGAGAUCCUAGCGAAGAUCUUAUGCGGGUCGUGGGAAAAUCGAUACACUGGCACAGAUGGAAGGAUAUCCGAAAUCAGUGUUUUUUCUAUACGAGAGGGGCCAUGGUGUCUCGGACAAGUGUGCAGCUCGUGGCGGAGAGUCGUUGAGACACUCUGUCCAGAACUAUGGGCCACAGUGUUGAUUGAUGUUCCAGGACCCUGCUGUCGUAAGAUGAAAAGUAUAAGUGCAGAAAUACUUUCUCGCGUCCUCGAACGCAGUCGUAAUCAUCCUCUCCAUUUUUCUUUUUUCCAAUACUCAGCUUACUCAGAGCAAUUCCAAGUGGUGGACCAGUGCUUUGACAUUAUGAUAAUGCAUUCGGCGAGAUGGGAAACAGCAAAGAUAAUAGUCCCUCCAUCCUUUAUUCCAAGACUCUCCCCUAUUCGUAGAAAGAUUGAUUGGCUCAAGGAUAUGGACCUCGUUUGCAAUCGCUCUGACGACCUAGACUCUGGGCCAGAAUCCAUCUAUGCCUUCGAGAUUGCCCCGAAACUGCAGGUUCUGCAUUUGAAGGGUAUGCAUCCAGAUGCUAUCAUUCGAUUCCCCACUACCAACCUCAUUUCCUUCUCUGACCAACGCCCAUGGUCUGGAGACAGAAUGACCCCCGAAUACUUGGCUAUAGUCAAAUCCGCUCAAAAGCUCCGUUCAUUUUCAUACGUCGAUUACGGUACCGCCGGCCCAAUAUCAGCAUCACACUCCCUUGCCUUCAUUGCUAAUUCGUCUUUAGAAGAGCUCUCUACAUGUUCUCGAGACUUCAUGCGUAGCGUUAUCCUCCCAGCGUUAAAGGAAGUCACGCUCAAAGCUUCGCCCAGUGGAACCAUACCUUUCCGAUACCCGUGCCCGAUAGAUGCCCUCCGUGGGCUUCAUGAGAUGCUUAUCCACUCUCAGUGCUCGCUGACGCAAUUAACCCUCUGUGAGGCAGCUCUCUAUGAGAACCUUCAUGCCAUUUUGCGACUUUCGCCUCAAUUGGAGGAGUUUUCAAGCUACAUAUAUCAGCGGUGGACGGACGAGUAUGACCGUGUGAUGUGUGAUCUCGUAACCCAAAUGAAGGAGACAGUUAUGGUGAGAGGUUCACCUCAGCAUUGUUUGGUCCCAUCUCUCCAACAGUUCGCUAUUGAACUGAAUGGACUCCACUUUGCUACACUCUCUUUCCUCGACCUGACCUUCGUCGAGAUGGUUGCAUUGCGGGUGCACGGACCAUGUGUUACGCAAUGGCUCACAAAGCUUAUCCUAUGGGUGUCGGAAUCCGCUUGGACUUGUCUCGAUGAGGACGAUGUGCUUGCUCUAGAGAAGCUGAAGGACGAAGGCCUUGAUGGUUUUGUACAUGUACAUUAA